AUGAGUGACCCUUCAUCACAAGGUUGCAGCUUUAUCCCUUCAAGAUCGUGGGCUGUGACUAACUCUGCAGUUUGGUGUGGUUGGUGUUGGAAUUCUAACAAGGGUUCAUGUAGGAACUUUUGUGGAGAUUUUGUUGCUGUAGGUGUUGUUAAAGAAAUGCUGAAAGGAAAGAAAUCAAUGGAGAUGGAUUUCUUCUCAGAAUAUGGUGAUGCCAACCGGUAUAAAAUUCAAGAAGUAAUUGGCAAAGGUAGUUACGGUGUUGUUUGUUCAGCCGUUGACACUCACACGGGUGAAAAGGUUGCAAUAAAAAAGGUUCAUGGUAUCUUUGAGCAUAUAUCUGAUGCUGCGCGUAUUCUUCGUGAGAUAAAGCUUCUCAGACUUCUUCGACAUCCCGAUAUUGUUGAAAUUAAGCACAUUAUGUUGCCUCCUUCAAGCAGGGAUUUCAAAGAUAUUUAUGUUGUUUUUGAACUCUUGGAGUCUGAUCUGCAUCAAGUCAUUAGAGCCAAUGCCGACUUAACGAAAGAGCACUAUCAGUUUUUUCUUUACCAAUUACUUCGAGCUUUGAAGUAUAUUCACACCGCAAAUGUAGUUGCUUUCAGUGACACUCCAACAACUGUAUUUUGGACGGAUUAUGUUGCGACAAGAUGGUAUCGAGCACCAGAGCUCUGUGGAUCAUUUUACUCAAAGUAUACUCCGGCAAUUGAUAUUUGGAGUAUCGGAUGCAUCUUUGCCGAAGUAUUAAUAGGAAAACCCCUUUUUCCUGGAAAAAGUGUUGUCCAUCAGUUGGAUCUAAUCACGGAUUUGCUUGGGACCCCCUCACUCGAUGCUAUAUCUCGGGUACGCAAUGAUAAAGCAAGGAGAUACCUAACUAGUAUGAGGAAAAAGCAGCCUGUACCAUUUGCGCAAAAAUUUCCUAAUGCGGAUCCUUUAUCACUACGACUACUCGAAAGGUUGCUCGCCUUUGAUCCAAAAGACCGGCCUACUGCUGAAGAGGCAUUAGCUCAUCCUUACUUUGAGGGACUGGCAAAAAUUGAAAGGGAACCAUCCUGCCAGCCAAUUACACAAAUAGAGUUUGAAUUUGAAAAGAGAAGAGUAUCAAAGGGAGAGAUUCGAGAUUUAAUUUUCCUUGAGAUCCUCGAGUACCACCCUCAACUAAAUGGAAGAGAGAAGACUAAUUUUCUUUAUCCAAGUGCUGUUGAUCAAUUCAAAAAUCAGUUCACUCAUCUCGAGGAAACUGGUGGUAAAAGUGAUCCAGUUGUGCCACUUGAAAGAAAACAUGCAUCACUUCCCAGGUCCACGACUGUACAUUCAAAUGAGCAUUCAAAUAUUGCUUCCAGCAGAGACCGGCAAACAACUGAGGAAUAUAACACUAGUUAUUCGGAAUCCAGCAACAUUCAGGGACUGAAAAUAAUUCCACUGGAAACUCCUGGUAAAGCUGUUAGACCGCUUGUUCGGUACGGGCACGAGAGUAUUGUCAAUGAUUCAUAUGAUUCUAGGACGUCAAUGAGAGGCAAACCAUAUCCAGCAUUGUUGAAUCAAAACCGAAAUAGCAUCAGAUUUAACCAUAAGUAUUGA